AUGAAGGACGCUUCACACGGGUUCGGCCCGGUCUCUUUGAUGACUGCCUGGAAUGUUGAAUCUCAAGUGCAUUUGAUUGUCGGUUUCAACCCUUUGGCGGCUGCUCGGUGUGCUAAAAGCCUCGAAGCUGGCGCAAAGCCUAUCAUCAUUGCGCCGGAGACUGCAGACAUACAUUUCAGCCUGUCAGAGCAUAUUUCAAGUGGCUCAGUGCAAUGGAUUCGUCAUGAAUUUCAAGACGAAGACUUGACCACCCUGGGUAGAGAGGAGGUAGAUCGUGUGGUAGAUGCGGUCUUCGUUACUCUAAGCGGCCAUCAUCCAUCAGCUUUGCAUAUUUCAAAACUUUGUCGCCGCCUGCGAAUCCCGGUCAACGUAUCUGAUACCCCCGAGCUAUGCUCCUUCUCUCUCCUCUCUACCUACUCGGACGGCCCCCUGCAGAUCGGAAUUACGACGUCGGGUCGUGGCUGUAAACUUGCAUCACGCCUACGGAGAGAAAUAGCUGCAUUUCUUCCUGCAAAUCUUGGUUCUGCCAUUGAUCGACUUGGUGCGGUGCGACGGCGUCUCUGGGAAGAGGAUCACGCAGCUGGGAUCAGUCAAGAUGCUCUGGAUGGAGAUGAUGAUGAUACAACAGGCCAAAAACAUACUUUCAACACUUUGGUGACGGAUAGUGAAUCUUCGGCCGCCAAGACGAGAAGAAUACGUUGGCUUUCUCAAAUUUGUGAAUACUGGCCGCUUCGAAAGCUCGUAUCGAUCUCCGAUGCCGAUAUCGACGCUAUACUCCAAGCUUACUCGUCUGGAAAGAUUAAUGCUGCAAAUAUCAGUGAAUUCAAUGGGAUUUCAAAGAAGGGAAAGAUCGUUUUGGCUGGUUCUGGGCCUGGACAUCCCGACUUGCUCACCCGAGCCACCUACAACGCAAUCCAGAGUGCCGAUAUUAUCCUCGCAGAUAAGCUCGUCCCGGCUCCGGUGCUGGAGUUAAUUCCACGCAGGACAGAAGUCCAUAUCGCACGGAAGUUCCCUGGAAAUGCAGAUCAGGCUCAGGAGGAAUUCUUACAGAUGGGCCUUGCAGCGCUGCGUAAUGGUCAGCAGGUCCUUCGAUUGAAGCAGGGGGACCCAUAUCUAUACGGCCGUGGCGCGGAAGAGUUCGAAUUCUUCCGGAAUCAGGGCUAUGUUCCCACAGUGCUUCCUGGUAUUACCAGUGCUAUGAGUGCAUCUCUUUUCGCAGACAUCCCGGCUACACAUCGUGGCGUUUCCGAUCAAGUUCUGGUUUGUACGGGCACAGGUCGUAAGGGAGCUGCUCCGGAACCCCCCGCCUAUGUUCCUACCCAAACAGUGGUCUUUUUGAUGGCACUUCACCGUCUAUCUGCCCUUAUUGAGUCCCUAACGGUAUCUUCCCCCGAUGACUCGAAACAAUCACGGCCUCUCUGGCCCAAAGAGACGCCAUGUGCGAUUGUCGAGCGCGCAUCGUGCCCCGAUCAGCGAGUCAUACGCUCAACCUUGGAACAUAUUUGCUUGGCAUUCGAAGAGGCUGGGUCUCGUCCCCCUGGUCUGCUGGUAGUCGGUGCCAGUUGCCAUGUCCUUCAUCGCCCUGAUGUUGGUCAGCGAUGGGUGAUCGAAGAGGGAUUUCACGGUCUUGAUGAAUUGCACAGUGAUCUUGAAACUGUGGCGCUAACCCUGGAUGAGAAAUGUUGA